CUUGAUUGCCUGCCGGUUUUCCUUUGUUAAUUAUUAGCAGCGUGACCAUUGCAUCCGCAGUGCCAUGGCAGCCCUCAAAUACGCAGGCUUGGACGAUACGGACAGUGAGGAUGAGCUGCCGCCUGGAUGGGAGGAGAGGAGCACGAAGGAUGGAUGGGUGUACUACGCAAACCACUUUGAUGAAAAAACCCAGUGGGAACAUCCAAAAACUGGAAAGCGUAAAAGAAUUGCUGGAGAUCUCCCCUACGGUUGGGAACAAGAAACAGAUGAAAAUGGACAAAUCUACUUUGUUGAUCACUUGAACAAGAGGACUACAUACCUUGACCCAAGACUAGCUUUCACGGUUGAAGAUCAACCCACAAAGAUGACCACCAGGCAGAAAUAUGAUGGAAACACCACCGCCAUGGAUAUACUGCAGGGCUGUGAUUUGUCGGGGAAGGUGGCAAUAGUCACAGGAGCGAACACUGGAAUUGAUACAGAGAAAGUUCGGGACUGAACAGAGAAUGUUCCCAAGAUUUGUCAGUUUUGCCGCUGUCACAACAUCAACUCACUGUAAAGGAAGAUUUUCAAAGAAUGUGCAAAUGAUUGACUUCCAUGGAUCUGAAACCUCUAACCACUUUUGCUCAAAUAAGUGCUUGUGACUCGUCCGUAAACAGUUGAAUAAAAAGAUGGAGCAGAAGCCAUCAUUCAAUGUUGCAUUUUGAUAUUUCUGAUUUAAAUUAACCAAAUGAACACAUUAUGAGCCUUUAAGAUUUCUGGAGAGAUGUUUUAUGAAUGGUUGAAAUGUUUAAUGUUACAUGGGUGCUGUUCUGUCUGGCAACAAAUUAAACAUUAUGUUGUAUUAUGGAGACAUUA